AUGGGUGGAGAAGCUCCGCAUCUUGCCCCCACCCCAGCCUCGCGAUCGCUGCCACGACUAGCCGAGCGGCCGGUUGGCCAGCGCAUCACCAAGAUCUAUACUGAUAGGCUUCGCCAGAUCACAGCACAUGGUCAAUAUGAAGGCCAGAAUCUCGUUGCGAAAUACUACGAAGCAGUCAUUUCCGACAGCGACCAUGUCAAGCUGUCGGUCUACUCGGUGCCAAACCUCGAACGCCCGACCUUCAAGGAAGCUACCUCCAAUGAAUUCAGACCGACUCACGUCGGCGAGUCAUUCGGUCCAAGCUGGUCGACACAUUGGUUCCGCAUUCAGCUCACGGUUCCCUCUGACUUGCUGAAGAAGGAGCGCCUGGAGUUCCACUGGGAUGCUAAUAACGAAGGCUUGGUGUGGACCGAGGACGGACACCCUUUGCAGGGAUUGACCGGUGGCGGAGAGCGAACUGAAUGGAUCAUCCCGGACGCCUGGCGUGAUGGGAAGCAGCAUACGUUCUAUAUCGAAAUGGCCUGCAAUGGCAUGUUCGGUAACGCCCCCGGCGGCGAUUCGAUCCAGCCACCGAGACCGGACAAGUACUACCAGCUCAGCAAAGCGCAAAUCGUGGCGGUAAAUCUGCAAGCGCGGGCACUGUACUACGAUUUCUGGAUUAUUGGCGAUGCCGCUCGAGAGUUCCCUGGUGACUCGUGGGAGGCUCACGAGGCUAACAUGGUGGGCAAUGCUAUGAUAGACGCUUUCAUUGCGGGCGAUGGAAGUCAAGAGUCUAUCAUAGAGGCACGGAAAAUCGCGCAGAAGUACCUCGGCGAAAAGGUAGACUCCGCGGAUGUCUACGCACCCGACACAGAUCCGUUUGUCUAUGCGAUCGGCCAUUGCCACAUUGAUACUUGCUGGCUCUGGCCUUGGGCGGAGACCAAGCGCAAGGUUGCAAGAUCGUGGUCAAAUCAGUGCGAUCUGAUGGAGCGGUACCCCGAGCAUCGCUUCACCGUGUCCCAGGCCCAGCAGUUCAAAUGGCUCAAGCAAUACUACCCGUCUGUAUUUGACCGAGUGAAGCGAUGGGUUCGAAAGGGCAAUUUCCAGCCUAUCGGUGGUAGCUGGGUCGAGCAUGAUACCAACAUGCCCAGUGGCGAGUCACUUGUCCGCCAGUUCAUCUAUGGACAACGAUUCUUUGAAAGCCACUUUGGCAAACGAGUCAAUACUUUCUGGCUGCCCGACACGUUCGGAUAUUCGACGCAGAUUCCACAGAUCUGCCGACUUGCCGGGAUGAACCGCUUCUUCACUCAGAAACUGAGUUGGAAUAACAUCAACAACUUCCCGCAUACAACCUUUCAAUGGGUUGCACUCGAUGGUAGCCAAGUGUUGUGCCACAUGCCCCCCUCGGAGACGUAUACGGCCGAGGCCCAUUUCGGCGAUGUCAAGCGCAGUAUCACUCAGCACAAGUCAAUGGACAAAGACAAAUCAUCCUUGCUCGUCUUUGGCAAAGGAGAUGGUGGCGGUGGCCCGACCUUCGAGCAUCUAGAGAAGUUGCGCCGAUGCCGAGGCAUCAGUGAUAAGAUCGGCCUUCUCCCCAAGGUCAAGAUGGGCGAAUCGGUUGACGAUUUCUUCGAAAGGUUGGAAGCAAAAGCUGCCAACGGUACCGAGUUCGCGACCUGGUAUGGCGAGCUGUACUUUGAGCUGCACCGCGGCACCUACACGACUCAGGCCAACAAUAAGCGCAACAAUCGCAAGUCAGAAUUCCUUCUGCGUGAGAUUGAGCUUCUGGCUACACUGGCUACCCUUCGUGGCUCGGACAAGAGCUACAAGUACCCUAAGGAGCAGAUCGAUGAAAUGUGGGAGGGAACCCUUCUCUGCCAAUUCCAUGAUUGCCUACCCGGUAGCUCCAUUGAGAUGUGCUACGAUGACUCCGACAAGCUGUACGCUGGAAUUUUCCAGACGGGUCAGAAGCUGCGCAAGGACGCCCUUGCAGCGUUGGGAGUCAGUGGAAGCACUGGCCUCGUGGCUCUGAAUACUUUGCCUUGGCCUCGUUCAGAAGUUGUGAAGAUUCCCGCACCCUUGGUUGCUUCCGAUGGAUCUAAGUAUGCUCUGGUUGAUGGCUCGACUGGCGUUAUUGCAUGCCAGCCAGUUGAUUUCAAGGCCACCACUAGAGUCACCGUAUCUGAAAUCGAGCCUGGUGUAUUCCGGCUGCAGAAUGGCAAACUCAAGAUCGACGUCCAAGACGGCGUUAUCAUCUCUUUGUUCGAUGUCGAUGCCCAAAGAGAGGUCAUCCCCAAGGGUGGCAAGGCGGGUCAGCUGGUCAUCUUCGACGACAAGCCUCUAUACUGGCAAGCCUGGGAUGUGGAGGUAUUCCACCUGGAAUCGCGAAAGGAGCUUCCCGUCAGCAAGACGUUCAUUGCAGAAGACGAUCAGAACCGAGCCAGUGUCGUUACAAAGACGAGAAUUAGUGAGAAGAGUUGGGUGAAAACCACCAUCAGCCUUUCUGCAUCUGUCUCUUCCGAGCCUUCCAUCGUCGAAUUCGAGAGCGAAGUCGAGUGGCAUGAGACCAUGAAGUUCCUCAAGGUUGAAUUCCCAGUUGAUGUGACGAACACUGAGGCGUCUUACGAAACCCAAUAUGGUAUUGUCCGACGCCCGACUCACUAUAACACAAGCUGGGACAUGGCCAAGUUCGAGGUCUGCUGCCACAAAUGGGCCGAUCUCUCUGAGCACGGAUACGGUGUCUCGAUUCUCAACGACUCCAAGUAUGGUUUCGCUACAUGCGGCAACUUGAUGCGCCUCUCGCUGCUCCGUGCUCCCAAAGCCCCAGACGCCCAUGCCGAUAUGGGCCGCCACCACAUCCGCUACGCCAUUCUUCCCCACUCAGGUAAUCUUGAUGCCCGCACUGUCCGUGCCGGCUAUAACUUCAACCAUCCGCUGGCCAUCGAGCAGGGCAGCUCCCAGGUUUCUAAGUACAACGCUGCCUUCAAGGCGGUUUCCAUUCAGGGCGGUUCGUCCAUCGUCUUGGAUGCUGUCAAGCGUGGUGAGGAUGACGAGGACGUCUCUACGGGUGGCAUUCCCGCUCGCCCUGGCAAGAGUGUCAUUCUACGCGUCUACGAGUCCCUCGGUGGAAAGGCCCGUGCCUCUAUUCACAGCUCGUUGCCUGUCAAGCGUGUCUGGAAGUGCAACGUCCUUGAAGAUGACGAAGAGGAAUUGGAGAUCCAGAAGACCAAAGAGGGAUCCCUCACAGUGGAUAUCGAGGUACGAGCGUUUGAGAUUGCUACCUAUCGGCUCCAGCUAUAA